AAAGAUACCGACCAUCACGUGUACUACCCGUGUUGGCAUGCAGAAAAAAAAGAGAGAGAGAGAGAGCAGUGUCCAAUAUCAUAGCCUUUUUACGUGUCAACUCUGACACUCUUAUAUAACACAGAUCGAUCCUCAUGAUGAUCCUCCUAUAAAUAGACGUACACUCUAGAGCUAGCCUACAUGCAUAUUUGAUAUUCCUCAAGCACUACUACAUUUUCAAUUAACUUUUUGUAAAACAGAAAGGAUUUACUUUAAGAAAUGGCAGAUUUGAUGGAGAAAGCGAAGAAUUACGUGGUGGAGAAGGUGGGGAAUAUGGAGAAACCAGAGGCAGAAAUAACAGACGUUGAUAUGAAGAAAGUGAGCAUGGACAGUAUUUCUUAUCAUGCUAACGUCGCUGUCAAGAACCCUUACUCUGUUCCAGUACCCAUCAUGCAAAUCUCUUACGCCCUCAAAUGCUCUGGCAG